GCCUCUCGUACCACAUCUAGCGUUGUACAGUGAUGCUGAAACUCUUCAUUUGUCUCGUCGUUGUAACGGCAGCUCUGGCUGUUAUUGACGUGCGACUACGGCGACGAUCGACGAUAUUUCUGCCGUACACCUACCAGAAUGGUCCCAAAUACAACCUCUUCGAAGUUUCUGUAGAACAGGUUUCAUAUGAUUCUGACAACAAAAUUCUCUACACAGUUGGCGACACAGUCCUGCACGCUAUCGACGUGUCUGACCCCAACAAUAUGAAGGUCGCGGCCUAUCUGGAGUACCCGGGCAUGGAGUUCACGGACGUGGAGUUCUGUGGGGGUCACAUCUUCACGGCCAUGGACAACAGAACUGACAGAGCCAAUGGGAAGAUGCUAGUCUUCUCGGGAUACAACCCAACGACCAAUCAGAUGAAGGAAGUUCUACAAGUUCCUGUGGGCGCCGUUCCGGACAUGGUCAAGCCGACGAAGGACUGUUCCAAGGUUAUAGUGGCGGUGGAGGGAGAGGCGUACGAGUAUCCCCCAAACCACAUCACUGACCCCCCGGGUCUCGUUGUUAUCGUCAACUUCCCGUGGGGAGUCGGGAACAACAUGAUAAUCUCCACACUGAAUUUUGACCGAUUUAACAUCAGAGUGCCAUUCAUGGAAGCGUCCGGAGUCCGUCACGUGUACCGGGAGAACAACAACCCCUUCUCCAACGACGUGGAACCUGAAUACAUCGCCAUCAACGCUGACGACACCACGGCAUUCAUAAUGUUGCAGGAGAACAAUGCUGUGGCGACUGUGGACCUCGAGACUCAGACUAUUUCGGAGGUGUACGGGCUGGGCUAUAAGAACUGGAGCUCAUUAAAACUGGACCCGAGUGAUAGGGAUGGCGGGGCCAACCUGAACGGCUACAACGUCUACGGCAUGUACCAGCCGGACACCUUCGUGCACUUCCAGUUCCAAGGCGGCAACUAUCUUGUGUUGGCCAAUGAGGGAGACUCAAAGGAGUACGAAUAUGGAACCUCUUAUUGGACAGAGGAGUCACGUGGUUCCACGAUACCACCACAUGAUGUCUGGCGGCAUAUCGACUACACUACACAAGCUCAACUGACGAACGACACUUUGCUUGGACGCCUCAAAUUUGCUGUAUCGCCAGCGGAGAAAGACAGGCAGGGGUUCUUAAAGGAGAUGUAUGUCUUUGGAGGAAGAGGCUGGUCUAUCAGAAGAGCGGAAGACAUGUCUCUCGUCUACGACAGCGGCAACGACAUCGCAGAAAGAACUAUUCAAGCAGAACAUGAUCUCUUUAACAGCUAUAUCGUUAAUGAAAUUCAAAGACCGAUCGAUGAUUUCGACACAAGAUCUGAUGACAAGGGCCCGGAGACGGAGUCGGUAGCAGUGGGGGAGGUGGAUGGUUACACACUCUUCUUCGUGGCCAACGAGAGACCGGGCACCAUCUUCACGUACUCCGUCAAGGAUGACCUGAGUCACCCCAAGUUCCAACACAUCUAUACCGGCAUCCCCGAGACCCGAGGAAGAACUUGGCGGCAGAUGUAUGAUGACCGCGACCUCACGGAGAUCGACUGCGAGGAUAUGAAGUUUGUCUCAGCGUCAAAGAGUCCCACGGGAAACGCUAUCCUAUUCGUCGGCGGUUCCGUCUCCGGAACAGUGUCCAUUUUGGAUGUGGAAGUUUCCGGCUAAGUUACCUUAGGUUGUGCUGCGUCAUAACAUUAUAUUACCUAUGUCCUAUGAAUGAGUGAGGUUUUUAACCUCGCCUUUAGUAAUAUUCCAGCAAUAUCACGAUACGAUCACCUCUUCCAGAGCACCCGGUGUCAUCACCAGUUGAUAGUUAUUCACAAAGACACGCUCGUGAUAUAGUCGGAAUCGUACAACCGACUCUGUUUUUGGCAGAGAUUUAUGCUGAAUAUGGAGAGGGUUCUCUCGCCUGUAUUGACCCAAUAAUAAUCUUUAAUGGUGUACAAAUAUACAAAGAUAGGUUUGAUCUCUGCCCAACGUUCAAAAGAUUUCCGUGGUUUAGUGAUGUUUGAAAUACUCACCUAUUCGUCGGCUCACCUCACCUCACCCACACACUCACUUACUGACGUUGAGUCAGCGAGUUGUGUUUAACGCCGCUUUUGGCAUUAUUCCAGGUAUAUCACGGUUGACGUCAAGGUUGAGUCAGCGAGUUGUGUUUAACGCCGCUUUUAACAUUAUUCCAGUUAUAUCACUGUUGACGUCAAGGUUGAGUCAGCGAGUUGUGUUUAACGCCGCUUUUGGCAUUAUUCCAGUUAUAUCGCGAUUGACGUUAAGGUUGAGUCAGUGAGUUGUGUUUAACGCCGCUUUUGGCAUUAUUCCAGUUCUAUCACGGUUGACGUCAAGGUUAACGUUGAGUCAGUGAGUUGUGUUUAACGCCGCUUUUGACAUUAUUCCAGUUAUAUCACGGUUGACGUCAAGGUAACCAUUGACUACCAGAAUAUCCUCCUAUGACUGAGCGCUUGUUUUUGCAGUUCAACAUCUGACCUGCACCUGUAGGGAAUAUUCCUUCGAUAUUCCUGUUUAACUGAACCGAGGGGAAAUAGAAAGUAUAAGUUUGUUUUCUUUGUAAUUCAAAAUUGAAAGAACUGUUGUCCUUUUAACCAUCACUCAUUCCUGCAAGUAAUCGGUGGCUUGGUAAUUAUGUGUGAAAAUACAUGUAUAUGGGUUCAAUGAAGAGUUGGGAAAGAGAUGAAUUUGCAUCUACGUGGCCCCUACCAUGUUGAAAUGUUACAAAUUUGUGCAGAAAAAAACAACACAUUUAUUUAUUUUCAAAGAUAAUAUGUCGAAGAUGCCCAUCAACAGUUGUGUAUUAUGCGAUUACUUUUAUUUUUAAGAGUUUUAAAUCAAAUUAUAUUUUUAAAAAUAAAACCAUGUACACGUAUUCUUUAAAUGCUGACUAAUUGUUAGUACAGUUAUUUUUUUUAUUCAAUGUCGCUAACUUUAGUAUUUUCAAUUGAAACUCAAACAAAUGACAGGUAUAGUUUCUUUUGUUUCUCAGUUAAUACUUUGUUUGUUUGUUGUUUAACGCCGCACUCAGCAAAAUGACGGCGGUCUGUAAAUAAUCCAGUGAUUGACAUCAUGAGCAU